GUCAUCCUCCAGUUCCCACACGUGUCAGCCGGCUCUUCCUCUGCAUGUCUGUCGGUCCAGCUGUGGUUCAUCUUCUCUCUGGAGCUUGAAGGAGGGCAGAGAGGCCAUGGAGCACAGCCACAUCUUCACCGUGCUCUCCACCAACUCCAGUUCCUGGAGUCCUCGCGGUUGCCCUCUCGGACAGUUUCCUGUCAUCUACUACAGUUCCUUGCUGUGCCUCGGCCUGCCUGCAAACAUCCUCACCGUGAUCAUCCUUUCUCAGCUGGUGCUGCGGCGACAAAAAUCGUCCUAUAACUACCUACUGGCCUUGGCCAUAGCUGACAUCCUGGUCCUGCUGUUGAUCGUAUUUGUGGACUUCCUGUUGGAGGACUUCAUUCUCGAAGCCCCUCUUCCCCACUCACUAAACAAAGCUGUGCAGGUGCUGGAGUUCGCUUCCAUCCAUACCUCCAUCUGGAUCACGGUUCCCCUGACCGUGGACCGCUACAUUGCUGUAUGCCAUCCCCUGCGCUACCACACCGUCUCCUACCCGGCCCGAACUCGCAAAGUGAUCUUGGGGGUGUACGCUGGCUGCCUGAUCACCAGCGUCCCAUAUUACUGGUGGCCAGAGCUGUGGCACGGGCUGCCAGGAGCCAGCUCUGGGGGCCGCAGUAGCAGUGCAGGCCAGCAUGUGUUGGUUUGGGUCCACUGUGUAAUGGUUUACCUGCUCCCCUGCUCCGUUUUCUUCUCGCUCAAUGCCAUCAUUGUACGCAAGCUCCGUUGCCGCCGUAACUGCUUCCGUCUGCGCGGCUACUCCACUGGAAAAACCACAGCCAUCCUGCUGGCCAUUACCUCAGUGUUCGCAGUGCUUUGGGCACCACGCACCCUCAUGAUCCUUUACCACCUUUACACUGCCCAACCGGCUACGCCUGGACCGGCCAGGCUGCUGCAUUUGGUCACAGACGUGGCGAACAUGCUGGCACUUCUCAACACUGGGGUCAACUUCUUCCUGUACUGCUUCAUCAGCAAGCGUUUCCGCAGGAUGGCCAGCAUGGUGCUAAAGGCCCUUUUUCGAUGCAGGAAGCAGCCGCCAACAUUUUACGCCAGUCACAACUUCUCCAUCACCAGCAGCCCUUGGAUCUCACCAGCCAACUCACACUGCAUCAAGAUGUUGGUGUACCAGUACGACAAGAACGGCAAACCAGUCUGCAUUUCCUCCUGA